UAAAGAAUCAGUGCAGUCACUGAGUUGCAAUCAUGAAGCUCACUUUGACAUUGCUGUUUCUCUUUGGCUUUGUUGCCUUCAUAUCUGCUGCUAGCCCACUGGAAGAGACUCAARAUGAGCCAGUAGCUGAGCAAGAGAAAGAAAAUCCAGAUGCCGUUCAAGAUGAGCCGAACGAUCAAAAUGAUGACGAUGAAGAUGAUCAAGCUGACGAAGAUCAAGAGGAUCCAGAAAGUGACGAAGGUGAACCCGAGACUGACUUGGCAGAAAGUGAAGAAAACCCUGCUGAACAAAACGAUCCAUUAAGAAGACGUAGAUGCAGAUGGGUGAAAAGAGGACGUUGCCGUCGCAUAAACCGCAAACUUAGAAGAUGCUGUUUCAGUUACCACUGGCUUUGUAGGCGAUGUUGGAGAGUGAAUCACUGCCGKUAUGUUAGGAUUUGCCGCCGUCUGUAUUGCAGGAGGCGGAGAGUUUGCCGCCGCUAUGGCCGUAGGYWUAUAUGCGGCUGGCGUCGUCACUGCUAUCGUCUGCGCCGCCCYUAUUGCCAUCGAAUUCGUCGAUGUCAUAGUUACGUUCGUUGUCUACGGGGCUAGAAUUUGUUGGGAAGUAGAAAACGACCAAGAUUGGAAUCGACCAUUGUUGACCGGAUACGAACUGCACCUAAAAGCCACAUAGUCAUUGAUUACAUUAGUGUAAUGCACUUGAUUGCUAAUUGAUUUCUCUUGUUAUGAAUUGCUUAUUGUGUUUCAGUGAUUGUUACCCUAAGUUACCCUAUUUUUUGAUUUGCCUUUUUUUUAUCGUUACACUCAUUAAACAAACACAAUUAUUUCUCAAGAAUCUUUUAUAAAGCUUGCUCAAGUAGUUCAAUAAAGCUGAUAAACAUUGUA